UCUCCGCGCUCUGCCAGUAAUCGCCCUGACUUACCAGGCAGGCAUCAUUUCCUGAAAGUCAGCCGGCCUGAGGGGAAGUCGGCGUGGUGACUAAACCAACAUGUAAAUGCAGCCGGGCUGAGAGCGAGCGCUUCCGCCGGCUGCCCGCGGUCAUGCGGGAGCCGCUCCCGCCGCCAGCCAGGGGCCCCCGCGGCGGCCGCGCCAUGUCCCAGCUGCGCUUCUGGCUGCAGUUCGCAGCUCUCAACAAGGACUCCUCGUUCCUUGACGACCUCUCCAAUGCCUCCAUCUUCUCCUCGUCCGUGGACUCCCUCUCAGACAUCGCCGACACCCCUGACUUCCUGCCCGCUGACAGCCUCAGCCAGGUGCCCACCAUCUGGGACGUGAGCACCGGCCCCUCUGCCCACGACAAGCUGUUCCUGCCCAGUGGGUCAUUUACGGGCUUCCAGGACCCUGUGCCCUCCCUCCCCAGCACCCCACUCCUCAUCAGCUACCAGUCUCAGAGUCAGCCCGAGGAGGAGGAUGAGGCCGAGGAGGACGAGGCGGAGGAGCUGGGCCACACGGAGACCUACGCUGACUAUGUGCCCUCCAAGUGUGAGUGUGCCCUGUGGGAGGAGCCCCCACAACACGAGGUCCUGCUCCCGGGCGGGCAGCGCGCCGGCUUCCUCAUCGGCGACGGCGCGGGCGUGGGCAAGGGCCGCACGGUGGCCGGCAUCAUCCUGGAGAACUACCUGCGCGGCAGGAAGAAGUCCCUGUGGUUCAGCGUCUCCAACGACCUCAAGUACGACGCGGAGCGCGACCUGCGCGACAUCGAGGCCCCCUGCAUUGCGGUGCACGCGCUCAGCAAGAUCAAGUACGGCGACAACACUACCUCAGAGGGCGUCCUGUUUGCCACCUACUCCGCCCUGAUCGGGGAGAGCCAGGCCGGCGGCCAGCACCGCACGCGCAUCCGCCAGAUCCUCGAGUGGUGUGGGGAGGCCUUCGACGGCGUGGCUGUUCCCAGAAGUGGGGGGACCGGCCCCCACGCUCUCCAGAAGUGCCCUUCGCUCCUGGUCCCAAUCAUGGGUCAGAAGGGGGACGCGGGCCUGGGUGUCCUUUCUGUGCACAAGGGCGUGUUCACAGGUUUACUGUUAGACACUCGCCUCAGUACAGAACAGCUCCUGCGGGCCACAUGGAGAACUGGGGUCACGGUGCGCCUUGGGCACCUGACUGACACUCGGCAACGCAGCGUGUAG